UGCUCCCAUCCCCCUUCGCCUUUUUCUGUCAUUCUGCCUCUCCCCUCCCUUCUGUUUUCUUUGAGUAGUUUUUCCAUCCUCCUUUUUCCUCUGUCUUCAAUUUGCUCAUCUCCUUGCCAGUCACCUUCCGUCUCUUCCGCUUCUCUUCCUCCUCUCUCCCCGUCGCACUCCGAAUCUGAGCUUGAAACAAUCUUGCAACACAUUUCCAUAAAGCUCACAUGAGAGAUGAGAGAUGCUGAGUCAAAAAAAGAUGCAUAGAUGUUAGACAAAAACAAGGAAUGGCCCUUAGAUGAAAGAGGAUGGAUGAGGAGGAAACAACAUAGAAGAGGGAGUGAAUUGAGUUACCUGGUCGAACCAAAAAUGCAAGUCUGACAUGAUGUUUAUGUACCAUUGUGGACAUCUUUGUACAUUAAUCAUUAUAUAACCAGGGAUCACAGACGAACCAGCAGAUCACACACUCAAUAGCAAAAGAUGGUUUUGUUUGUGUGUUUGUUUGUUUGUGCUGGUAUGACCAGAGUCACUACUGAAACUGUGCUGAGCAAGAUGGUGGAGGAGGGGGGUAAUGUUAGCCCCGCCUUCAGCUCAUCCGCACGUAUAAAAAGGAGAUGAACACAGUCUACUCUCACUGAACACACACACUGAAGAAUGAGAUCCUUAAAGCACCUGAAGGCUCAUAGCAGGAGGAGCGUGGAGGAGGCGAGCCGGCGCCUGGGUAGAUGUGAGCCCAAGGUAAUGGCCAGGCUGGUGGACAUAAGCACACAAACAGAUCCUGUUGUCGUGCUGUCCUUAGCCCAGGCCGCCGUGCUAGGUCUCAUCUCCCAGAAUGAAGUUUUUGGAGCUACUAUUGCACCCAACGGCUUUUACACCGGUGAACCCAAAGAAUCCCCUGCCCCAACAGUAGACGGUGUUGACUACGAGUACGCUGACCAGCUUAUUGGCGCUAACGGAGAUUACCUGGGAGAGAACUUAGAAGACAACCAGAUGCAACCAAGCUGCAGCCAGAGGAGGUGGCAGCAAGGGCCACCCCAACAUCCUGACGAGAAAAUGAUCCUCCCCAAUCGCCAUGGCCUUCAGGGAAGUGAUCUGCCGGUGGCCUCUUCCCAUGUGAAAGGGGAAGUUGUGACCUCUGGAAUGCCCUCCUGUGUCCAUAUGCUGAACAAUAUGGCUCCAAGGGGCGGUUUAGUUCAAGUAGAUCCUGCUGCUCUCAGAGGCACCAACAAAAACUGUGCAGAAUGUGAACGGGAAGCAACUAACCAGCAGCAAGCUAAUCCCCACGUCCAUCCUGCUCCCCCCCAAGUGGCCCACAGAGGGCCAGAGCAGGGCCACAGAGGGCUCCCGGGCCAGCGCCCUAUGGGAGGCCACGGUCGAGGUGGCAGAGAAGGUGAAGAGGAAGUAGAACACCAGACAAACGCCAUGAUGAAGCCCACGCAGCAAGAGGAAGCUAUCAGCAGCUACUUCCAGACCAGUGAAGUGGGUAGCUAUGAUUCAACAGAAAUGGGAAUGGGAGGUGAGUAUGAAGACGGUAGCCAGAGCAUGAUGUGGACAGAUGGAAGCAGUGGGGCGCAGCACCAGCAACCUCCACACCCCCAGCCUCCUCGUCGUCAUGGUGGCCGCAGAGUAGACCGCCUGGAUAUCAACAUCCAGAUUGAUGAGUCUUACUGUGUAGAUGUGGGAGAUGGUUUAAAGCGCUGGAAAUGCCGGAUGUGCGACAAGUCGUACACUUCCAAGUACAAUCUAGUCACACACAUCCUGGGCCACAACGGGAUCAAACCUCACGCCUGUCCUCACUGCGGGAAACUUUUCAAACAGCCCAGUCAUCUUCAGACCCACCUGCUGACUCACCAAGGCACUCGUCCCCACAAGUGCACCGUCUGUAAGAAGGGCUUUACACAGACGAGCCACCUGAAGCGACACAUGCUCCAGCACACCGACAUCAAGCCCUACAGCUGCCGCUUCUGCCGCCGAGGCUUCGCCUAUCCCAGUGAACUGCGAGCGCACGAGGUAAAGCACGAGCGUGGACGCUGCCAUGUCUGCUCGCAGUGCGGCAUGGAGUUCCCCACUUACGCUCAUCUCAAGCGACACCAGACCAGCCACCAGGGCCCCCACACCUUUCAGUGCACCGAGUGCAACAAGUCCUUCGCCUACCGUAGCCAGCUGCAGAACCACCUUCUGAAGCACCAGAGCCCGAGGCCUUACACCUGCUCCCAGUGCGGCCUGGAGUUUGUGCAGCUCCACCACUUGCGUCAGCAUUCACUGACUCAUAAGGGGAUGAAAGGCCACAAGUGUGACGUGUGUUCUCGAGAAUUCACGCUGUCUGCCAAUCUGAAGAGGCACAUGCUGAUUCACAACAGCGUCAGACCCUUCCAGUGUCACGUCUGCUUCAAGAGCUUCAUCCAGAAGCAGACCCUCAAGACCCACAUGAUCGUUCACCUGCCUGUGAAACCGUUUAAAUGCAAGGUAUGUGGCAAGUCUUUCAACAGAAUGUACAACCUGCUGGGCCACAUGCACCUCCAUGCUGGCAGUAAGCCCUUUAAGUGCCCAUACUGCACCAGCAAGUUCAACCUGAAGGGAAACCUCAGCAGGCAUAUGAAGGUGAAGCAUGGAAUGGACGUUUCACCAGAGGGCCAAGCGGAAGUUCUUCCUGAAAUGGAAAGCCAGGGCGACUAUGAAAGCCAGAACUUCAGCUUUACAUCACCAGACAGUAUGGACAACAGUGGCUCCCAGAACCUGACUAAACUCACCACAGCAAACAUGGAGGACAUGGAGGAGUAUUACAAUUUCGGGAAAGAUACAGGCAGCUACUCCACACCUUGAGGCAUUGAUGGAUACAAGGAGAUGUGCUUUCCCUUUUUCUUUAUUUUUUUUUCUCUUUUGUUUGUAUUUUCUUUUGUGUCCUGAAGGAAAUUACAGAUUUUUUUUUAGGCUUUGGGGAGACUCUGGGAAAGCUUUUUUUGUUUUGUCUUGACCUCCUUCCAAAAGAGCAGAUCCGACUGAGGCGAGGAGAGAGCCGAACUUCAAAGACAGAAGCGCUUCAUAUCCGUUGCCUGAACAGAGACACUGAAACUGUCGGCGAGUGCUUGGAGCUCCUUUUAAAGGAUUACUACACGUACCGACUCAAAGACUCUGAUAGACACUCAAAUCUAUAUGUUGUGUGUAAGUAUCAGUUAUUGCAGAAAAAAAAAAAGAAGUCGCAGAGCCAUCAGUUUCAUUUGAUGUGAUGGAAAAUCAUUGUUUGCCAUCAUCAUUCAUGCACAUCCAAUGUAUGCCCUUCUAUUUUUGACGGAAAGUGCCAGCUACAGACAUUUUGCAACUAAGCUUAUACCAUGUCUGCUAUUUACUCACUGUGUAUUGACAUUUGGGUACAUAGUCACUACAUAUUCAUAGGUUUGAAUGCUCCUAUUUAACAGUCCUAAUUAACUGUUCCUAUUUUGACAUUUGAACUGCCUCAGGCGUGUUUGUGCACAGGACAUUGUUACUUCUCCCUAAUCAGGGCACUUUCUAUCAAAGUUGCUUCUGUCUCAUGUCAGCUAAAAUCUGAGGAAAUGAUAGCUGGCAUGUAAAUCUUCUUUCAUUGUGAAAAUCUGCAACACCGUGCAGCGUGUUAAGCCGCCCUUUUCUGUUUUAGAUGCUUUAUAGCUUCACAGCGAUAACCUAUCCGUGUGGUGAAUAUACUGCUCUAGUUUUUGAAUUACUGCAACAACUAUACAAAGCACUUUUACAUCCAACAUGUUCAUUUUUCCUGUGAAAAUUGGUUUGUAGGAUUCGAAUCCUUUGCAAACAGGAGAAGUGGGGUGGAAAAAAAGAUAGUUACAUCUUUAACCCUCUUUUUUUUUUUUUUUUUUUUUCGUUAUGGCAAUACUAACUGAAUUAGCUUCCUUAUAAGGUUUUUGUAAAACUCUGAUUCCCAAAUAGAAAUGUUUCAGCUGAAGAUUCAUCCGUUUGUUUGCUGGAUUCUCUUCACUUUGGAUACACUCGUUUUUGUGAUGUAUUCCCAAAUCCUUAAUUGUGGAAAACAUGCACCAGUUCAAAUUUAAAGAUCCUGCUUUGUUAGAUUUGGAAAGGAUAGAAUUGACAGUGGAGGGAUACUAACCCCCCACACCUCAAAUUCUAGUUUUGGGGACUGCAUUCGACUCCCCUUGUCCUGCCAUGCAGGUCAGCCUUAAUAUGCACACUAAACCAGAGGAACGGUCUACUGUUUCUUUUUUUUUUUCCAGAUGAAAAUGAUUCAACUGAGACCUCUUGGAAAUUGACUGAAUUAUUUAAUAAAGGUUCUCUAGUUUAAAUGAUGAAUGAGGCGGGUUGAAUCUGUCCCAGUGUUAUAAGUCAGUGUUGAGGCAGUUGGAACGACUCUGCUCGUCCUCCACUUUGAUCUGCAAGGAAAAAAGUGAAACUGACAGAAUAUUAUAAGCUUUAUGCUCACAGGGGAAAGACAAUUAGCUGACACUGAAACUGACUUACAUUUUCCUUUCUGGUUUCUCUUUUGGUGACAUCAGAUUAAAUAAAUAAAUCAGCUGGGAUAAUUCAAAAUUUGGUUCAUAACAUGUUUGAAAAUAUGAAAUAUUUAGAAUAGCCUCUACUUAGUUGGUGAGAAAAACUAUAUGGAAUUUCUGAAAAAUGUGUCUAAAGUCCCACGCUGAUCAUCAAUUGAUCUAUUUUCAUAGUGUUCUCAGUGGUCUUUUAAUUAUGAUUAUGCCGUUUUUAGUAAAAUAUUAAAAAAAAAA